GAGAAACGUCGGCGAGAAGAGGCGAGGGAGGCGGCCAAGGCGGCGAACAAGGAGCUGGUGGAGCAGCUCAUGGAGGACUUCAAGGAGCAGUGGGAACCCGCGGUGGACAAGCUCGACAAGGCGGCGAAGGCUUUCGAGGGCCUGGAUCUGGACGAUCUCGCCGACGGACCCGAGGGAUUCGACAUCACCAAGGGCCUGUGGCAGCAGACCGGCUGGCAGGAGCUCGACUCCCUGCGCCGGAAGCUGGAGGAGCUCAGGGAGCUGCGCGAUCUGGUCAGGUCGCUCGGGCGGGGGUCCGGCCGCGGGCCCCUUCGCCGAGCGCCCCGUCAGCGCGACCGCCGCGGCAUGCCCGUCGGCCUGACGCGAUCGCCGAUGGAGCCCGAGGAGACCGCGGGCUUAGCUCGGAGCGACGACCUGUCCAGGAUGCUGCCCGGCGAGAUGGCGCUCAUCGCCCAGGGAAGUCGACCGGCUCGACUGCUCCAUUUCGCGCGUCGAAUGGAGAGGACGCUGCUCUCGUAUGAACGGGUGGGCUGGGCGGAGGAGCCCGCGGUGACCACCGACGGGAUGGAGAUCCGACCCGCCGCGGAGUGCGGGCCGAUCAUCCUCUGCCUGGACACCUCGGGUUCGAUGAUGGGCGCCAGGGAGACGGUCGCCAAGGCGAUGGCCCUGGAGUGCAUGCGACAGGCCAAGAGCCAGCAGCGCGCGUGUUACCUGUACUCGUUCUCCGGUCCGGGCGACUGCCAGGAGCUGGAGCUCAAGGUGACCGGGCAGGGCGUCAGCAAGCUCCUGGAGUUCCUCGCCGGGUCCUUCCACGGCGGCACGGACGUGGACGAACCCUUCAUCCGCGCGUUGGACCGUUUGGGUCAGGAGGAGUGGAGCAACGCGGAUAUCCUGCUCGUCACCGACGGCGAGAUUCGGCCCCCGGAUGUCGACGUGGUGGCCAAACUUGACACCGCCAAGGAGGAGAUGGGGCUCAAGGUGCACGGGCUGCUGGUGGGCGAACCCGGCGCGGGCGCGGACGUCGUGGACGCGCUCUGCACGCACACGCACACGUUCAAGUCGUGGUCCGCGGUGAAGUAAGUGAUUGGGGUUGAGCGACACACGCUCGACGUAGGUUUGCGCGGUUUGAAGCCCGCGGCUUGUUCUCAGUGUAUUACUCGUCUC